GCCAUCGCCGCCGCCAUCGCCGCCGCCAUCGUCCGCGCCAUCGUGUUCCGCGCCGCGCCAGACUUUCCACUUUCCAUCUCAUCUCAUCCACCAUCUCAUCCCCAUCUCAUCCCCAUCUCAUCUCCACAGGGAAGCACCAGACACGCGUGACAGACCGCCCAAUGACAGACCGCCCGCCGUCCUACACGCCCACCCUCCCGCAGAUCCUCGUGCUCCCCCUGCCAGACGCCACAUCCUGGUUCCAAGGGCCGUACGUCCAGGGCGAGGUGUUCGUCAAGGGUCUCGGCGACGGUGCCGGUGGCGGGGGCGCAGUCGGUGUAGAAUCACUGACGAUAAAACUGAACCUGCAGAGCUCUCUCCCCGACUAUCCCACCCUCGACCUGUUUGAUUUCCCGUCUUUGCAGCUCUACCCUCCGCCGCCAGCGCUACGUGCCGACGCUGGUGCCACCGAGCUGCAGCCAGGACAGCGACAGGGACAAGCGAGCAGACACCCGUUCCCGGCGUCGCAGACGUUCAGCAUCCCCCUCCCACCCCGCAUCCCGCUUCCCUCAUGGGCCCAGCAGGGGGAACACGGCGGACAAGCUCGGCUCCCCGGCACGCUCAACCUCGCAGCGUACAAUAAAGGCCAGAUCCGGUACGCUCUCACCGUCCUCCUCGUCCUUGCCUCUGGCCAAGUCGUCUCGCAUUCUAUCCCUGUUGAAGGCACGCCCCAACUCGUGCCCUCUGACGGCAACGACAGCCCCGCGCGAGGCGAUGGCAAGGAAGAGGUGGAAGAGGUGUUGCGGAAAAGGGGAGUGAUGACCCGUCUGGUACUGUCGACCGCGCGACCGAGGCUGGGCCGUUUGCUCCAUCUCGGCGUCGAGAUCAGGCGCGAGGGAAGCGAAAGCGGCGACGGGGAAAAGGGGAUAGCAGAGGGAGAAGAGGAGGAGACGAGGGCGGCGUUGAGGCGCAUGAGGAGGGUAACCGUCGAGCUCUUUCGACGAGUCAUCAUCCAUCCUCCUCCCAGCGCCGCCAACACCGACACGAUCACACACCAAACCCUCCUCCACGCAUCCGGCAAAUCCCUCCGCUACCCCGGCCCGUCACGGGCAAACCCUCCCCUCCGCCUGCUCUUCACGAUCCCCACGAUCCCCAACCCCUCGUCGUCCACCACCACCACACACAACGGCACGGGCGAACAGAGUUGGGGGGAAGUGAGUAUGGUGGGCGGGUACCACCAGGUCACGUUUGGCCUCCGGGUCGGGGUCGGAGGCGGGGUGAUGGGAGGGGGUAUAGGCCUCGGCGUGGGCGGAGCGGCAGGACGGGCAGAAGGCGGAGGAUGUGAUGAAAAUGAUUUCGUGGUGGAGAAGGAAAUUGAAAUCUUGCCCAAAAUAUGGUCGCCCCUUGCCCCUCGCCCUGCCCCUGCCCCUGCCCCACCUCCCACCCACCAAACCCAGUACCAACUCCAAACCCAAGAUGGAGUCGAAUUCGACAUUCCCCACGAACUCGCCGCCGAGCUCGCCCUCGUCGACUCUUCAUCCCCACCCUCGGCUUAUCCGUCUUUCGAUCCAGCAGCCACCGACACGCUCUCAGCAAGGGAAGCAUACCGUCUCAAAGGCCGGGAUGUCGUAGGUCCCUCUGGCACCACCCGUCUCCCUCCUUCUUCCUCUGGAAACGCGGACAGAGGCGGAGACGGAGGUGAAGGUCAAGGUGAAAGGGAAGAUGAUCUUCCGCCCCCGUUUGAGAGCUCGACAGUAGAUUCGACAUCUUUGGGCCGAGGUCCUAGUGAAGAGUAUAGUGAAGAGUACUUUCUCAGUCCACCAGUGGAUUUGGGAGAAGAGCCCGUUCCUUAUGAUGAUCACCACCACCACCACCACCAACCCGGCACAUCCACCGCCGUCAGUACUACCCAUCGAGCAGAUCCUCAGCCUCACGCUCAAGAACCAGAUCAAGUCCAAAGAGACGAUCAAGGCGAAGGACAAGGUAGUGGAUUACCGACUUUCCUGGAGAGUGAACAGCAGGAAGAAAGGCGGGCGAGGGCGAGGGCAGCGAGUCAGUCGGAUGCUUUUGCGUUUGCGUUGCGCGGGGCGAGGGGGAAAGAGCGUGAGGCGAGCGCGGGCCGGGGCGUUGGUAUCGGCGCGAGCGCUCGCACCGACGAGGGCGCGGGCGAGGGCGCUGAAUCUCGAGGUAGAGAUGGAGCGGCAGUGCAAGAAAAGGGACAAGGACAAGCAGAAGAGGGAGAGACUGGGGGAUGGAGUGAUGAUGGCGAGAUGGGUGUAGGGAGGGAAGGGCUAGGCGGGGAAUUGGCUACUUGGAUCGAGUACGACGGCUAUGAAACAUUCUCCCAACCACCCCCUUCGCUCGCCGCAUCUCUCCACGCCAGAGGCAGUAUGGACCCUCCCCAAGAAGGGGAACAACCCUUGGCUUUGGCCGGCGGAGUUGUAGGUGAAGUAGCUGCCAGGUUGGGGUUCGGCGGGGUCGGGGUGGGUGUAGGCGAAGAAGGGUUGGAGUUGAUGGAGCAUUUGGGGUUGGGCGAGGGGACGCGGAUUGUUGAUUUACAGGACGAUCUUCCGCCUGGGAUCGACGAACCUUCCCUCCCGGCAUUACCUUCCUUCACCAACGACUCCCAUUCCCACUCGCAUUCCCAUCCACAUUCCCCAUACACCCCUCCCCCACCUCCUCAUCCCGAGCACGUACACGAACAGAACAUCAUGCCCAUCCCCGCCUCCCCGCCACCUCCUCAUCCUGAUGCCCAUGCCCAUGCCCACGCCCACGCCCACGCCCACCCACGUGACGAACCACCAGCACACGACCCCCCGAGUUUCGAUGCUUCCCAAGCCGCUUCUGCCGUCGGCGUCGCAGCUACCUCUGGGCCACCUUCUAUACCUCUUCCCCUUGGUCUUGCGGCCCAUGCGCCUCCUCCUCCGCCAUCAUCAACAUCAUCAUCAUCAUCAUCAUCAUCAACAACAUCAUCACCUCCUCCCCCUCCUCCGGCUCAUCACGCAUCUCAUCAUCCAGUUCAUCAGGGUGUCGGUGUCGCCGUCGCGCCUUCUCGGUCUGUAGGUACAGUUGAAGUAGGCGAACAGGAAGAUGCGCCGCCUGAUUAUGAGAGAGGCGGGUUACCGCCGUAUAGCCAGGGAUAAUAAGUGGUUAGGUAAAUAAGGGAAAGGAUUUAGGGUUGGUAGGAUAGACAGGAUAGAGAGGUAAUGAAGAGAAGACGAUGAUUAUUCCAUAUAAAUAUGAUGUAUAUAGCCUCUCAAUUGAUCGAUUUGAAUAAGCAUGCACGUCGACAGAUCCAGAUUUAGCUUAUACCCGAAGAAAUGUUGAUAGAUGUAUAAGAAAUAGAC